AUGGCUACUCCAAGCCCAAUCCAGCCCACUUUCCAGGGCCAUGCCAGCGUUCCCGCCAGAUCGCCGCGGUCCCGUCGCAAUCGGCCAUGCGACUUUUGCCGCUUCCGCAAAGUCGCCUGCAAGAUAAGCAGAGUCGGCGAGCCCUGCGAGCUCUGUCUGGCCAAGCAGCAUGCUUGCACCUUUGACGAGGCCCCUCGCAAGCGUCGCCGGCUGCGGGUCUCGGUCUCGCCUCUCCCUGUCAACAGCAUGGAUGCGGCGGGAGAUGCACUUGGAUCUGGCGAUCCGCUGAUGGGCGUUGCGUCCCAACAGGUCGGACCAGAAUCUAGCCUCGACCAUGAGCUGUACGAUAUCAAUACCUAUAGUUUCUCACCCUCGGCCGUUUUGCAGGGUAUGCACUCUCCAGACGGCCGACGGGACUCCAAGACCAACACUUCUGGUCCGCAAGAUGCUGUCCACUGCAGUCCCGCUUCUAUACAUGCUGUGAAUUCAGCGCCCACCCCGACGUUCGCAUCCAAUCAGUCGCGGUCCUGUCAAGAAAGGAACGCGGCGGCCUCGCCGGCAUCUUCCGAAAUCACGAGCGGUCGACCGUCGUCGCCUCUGAUGCGCUUCGUUGGAUCCUCGGGGGACCUCGACACCUACCUUCUCGCGCAUCGUCACUACGACGAACAGAACACCUCUCUUUCCAGGCAUACUCAUAUUGUCUACCAGCGCCUACAGAACCUGGAGAGUUCGCUGGCCGAGUCCAUGCCCCCGCCGCUUCUGACUAUGUGCCGGAACCCGUCUCUCCCCAGAGGGCAUGAGAUCACAGACACCAAGCUGGUCCAAGAGGCGCGACAAGAGGUCCAGCAGUUGCUGAACGCCGAUACGGUGCAGCGGCUCUGCGCCCUUUUUUCCCGCUUUGUGCACCCAUACCUACCCAUCAUCGACCGGAGGACGCUGACCAAAGAAAGUUCCCGCCUCUUGGACUCGCCCGCCUUGCUGGCUGCUAUAGCUGCUACUGCAAGUCACUUUGUGGCCUACGACGAUGUUCUGUGCCUCGAAUCGGCUAAGCCUCCGUCUCCAGGCCGGCUGUAUCAGUUGAGCUGGCACCUGGUACUGGGGGAGCUCGCCUCCCCGCGGCUGUCAACGGUGCAGGUCUUGAUCCUGCUCCUCCAUCGGCACCUGCCUGACGAGCUCUCCUUUGAAGGAUCGAUGGACUCCAACAUGCGAGGGCUCCUUGUCGCGUCAACGUACACUCUCGGCUUGAACCGGGAACCAGGUAGGUGGGACACGCUUUCGCCGCACCAGCGCAAGCUCCGGAGAUGUCUUUGGUGGGUCGCAUGGGUGACGGAGAAGUGGAUGGCGUUCAGCGAUGGUAUGCCCAGUCAGUAUUAUGACAGCGAAUACAACGUAUCUCCGUUGGAGGAGUCUGACAUAGCGGCUCUCGACAACCGCCCAGUUGGCUACUCGCCUUUCGUGUACUUGAACCAACUCACAUUUAUCCUUGACGACGUGGUUCGAUCAUAUUUUAGCCUCGCAGCCUCUGAUCAAACCUCUGCUUCCCUUUCGGUCUCCUUGGCACUGGCCAAAGGCCUUCGGCUGCGUCUGAGGGCCUGGCUUGAUAGCCUUCCAUCUCGCUUGCAGCCCCAUGAGCGGCGGACGGUGGAACUUUUAGACGGUAAUGACGACCCCGGGCCCAGUGGGAACUUCUCCCUGCACCUGGCGUACAUGACUACACAACUAGCUAUAUAUAGGGCGCUGAUCCGCCCCGUGUCACUAAUAGCGCUGCAGGGCCACACAUGGCACAAUGCUCCAACUUCGCUCGACAUCGACCUGGAUGCUGCUGAAGCAGUCGUUGAAGGAGCCCUAUCAAACACCAAGACGCUCCUCGCCUCUCUUAUGAAGCUCACGACUGCCGAGUGGGAUUCGUUCUGGCCCGGAUGGUCACGGCAUAAUUUUGCUUCCAUUUCGACACUGCUCCUACACCUCUACCUGCUCACCUCCCGCUUUCAAGCAUGGCCUCUGAGCGGCCCCUCUUCUCCAAACAAGGCCGGAUCCUGCUUUCUCACCAGCCAACUCGAGAAGCUCCAAGCGCUGAUGCCGAAAUGGCGGUGGCAUCUGAUCCUGGCCAGCCGCGGUGCCGGUGGUCGCAAGGGCUUGACUAACCUCGCCCUUUUGAGACUGGAUGCCCUGAUGAAUGAAUGGAAGGAAGAAUCUCCCAUGCCAACCUCGUAG